CGUGGAGCAAUGAAGGUUUAUCAGAGCGUCCUGCCACUCUUCAAUUGCCAGUUCCUACACACUCUGGGUAAACGAUGUCUUUCGACUACUGUGAUGAGCGGUAACCUGAAGCAGAUAGACGCUGGGUCUGGCUCAGUGGUUGGAGUGAACAAUCUUAAUGAAGCAUUUGUCCUGAUUGAUAAUGUCUUCACAAAGAUCAGCGGGUCUCUAAAGCACUUCAGUGUUGGUCCUGCUGGUCAGCUGGGGGUUAAUACAGCAAACAACAUCUUCAAGUUUCAGAGUGGCAACUUUAUUCAGUUUCCAGGGCUUCUCAAACAGGUGGAUGCUGGAGGUGAUCAGAUCAUUGCAGGUGUCAAUAUGCAUGAUGACAUAUUCUGUUUAAAUAUGGACGCUAACAACAAAUGGCCAUCCAGCACCACUCCUUGGGUUAAUAUUAAUGGAAAGCUGAAGUAUUACAGCUGUGGCCCGUACAGCUGUUGGGGAGUGAACAGCAAUGACAAUAUCUACAUCAUAAGGGAUGUGUCUAAUAAUGUCUGUUCUGGGUCCGGCAGCUUCGUGAAUAUUCCUGGACUUCUGUCCAUGAUUGAAGUAGCAACUGAUGGCAGCGUCUUUGGUGUCAACUCUCAAGGGAACUUAUACCAAAGGUGA